GUCCCCUCGGAGGCGACGGUACUCCAGGGGAAAGAGAUCAAGCAUCGCGAGACGCGUUUCGUAGUCCACGGACUUCAGGCCGGCAACCAUUCUCGUGGCGGCCCGCUGGACACGCUCAAUGAGGGUAAUGUCUUUCUGAAGCCUUCAAAUAAAUCAUGUUUUUACGACAGUGAAGCAUCAGUGUUGAAGUCUGAUGUCAUGCUGUCGAUGAUGGUGAUGAUUUAUUCCAUACUCCCCGCAUCCUCAGGCCAGACCGGUCCCCUAAAGCCAACCGGAAUGGAUUGUGUCUUGUCGAAAUCUUUCGAUAAUCCACAAUGUGAUGAUGCUUUAGAUCAUCUUCUACCCUCUGAAACCGAGUUGCUUCCGUCAGAACAGUCACCGAAAGAGGAGUCCGCUUUUGUGCAACUAACCGAUAGCGAUGGCAAUGAAACAGGAAGUCCAAUAUGGUUGCCUCUGAGUAUCAAUCCGGAAAAGCUUACAAAUUUAUUGAAUGAGCUCGUAUGUAAGAAUGAAGAGCUUCCUUCUGUCUACGACUUCUACGUUGGUGAAACGCAAAUUCUCGAUGACUUGCGGACAGCAUUGACACAAGCGCGCGCCAAGGCUAGUGACACACAGCGGUCUGAAUUUGGCCCAACGGGUUUGGAGGGAGUAGUCCACGUGAUCUAUCAGGCACAGGCCAUUUUUCGUGUCCGGCCGGUCACUCGUUGUACAAGUACAGUACCAGGACACAAGGGGGCCAUUCUAGUUGCCUUGUUUUCACCUGAUGCUAGAACUUUGGCAACUGGCUCUGGGGACCAUACCGUCCGUUUCUGGGACUUGAAUACCGAGUUACCUGGCACGACGGGCACAGAUGCUCACCACGCUCCGGUCAUUUGUUUGGCUUGGUCUCCGGACGGACUUCGCCUUGCGUCCGGAUGUCAAGGUGGCGUAGUUUGCUUGUGGGAGGAGUCUGAUGUUGGUGGUUUGUGGUCUCUUUCUACCGGGAAACCUCUAGUUCGACCCGUCUUGACGGCUAAUGCGGCAUCUUCCAAAGGUCGAUGGAUACGCUCUUUGGCAUGGCGACCUCUCCAUCUUGACCAAGAUUGCCGCAAACUGGUCGUGUCCUAUCAGGAUUGUUCUGUGGUCGUGUGGGAUACGUGGACAGGGCAAUCUCUGAUCAGUUUGCACGGUCAUGAAAAGCCAGUGGUUUCUGUAAGGUGGGGAGGUUCAGAUCUACUCUACACCGCCAGUCAAGAUCGAACCAUUCGGGUAUGGCGACCUGAUGAUGGUGUUCUGUGUAGAACAUUGACUUUGCAUGGACAUUGGGUCAACUGUCUGGCCUUGAGCACAGACUACGUUCUGCGGACAGGCGCAUUUGACCCAGCUCACGCAGAACUCAUCAAAUCCCAACCUCCAAAGAAAUCUGAAACAACAAAAAGAGAACAAAUGCGGAAGAAUGCUCAAGAACUCUAUCUAAAGGUGAAGGGUUCAGGUCCAGAGCGCUUGGUGGCUGGUUCAGACGACAACACUUUAUCUUUGUGGCAACCAGAGAGGGACAAAAAACCACUGGCACCACGGAUGACUGGGCAUCAGGGUGUUGUGAACGAUGUGAAAUUCUCUCCUGACGCGCGGCUGAUUGCCAGUGCCAGUUUUGAUCAUUCGGUCAAAAUAUGGGACGGAUUCAAUGGCCAGUUUUUAGCCACAUUAUUUGGUCACGUCCAAGAGGUGUACUUGGUCACAUGGUCAAGUGACAGCCGCCUGUUGGUUUCCUGUUCGCGGGAUUCCACACUCAAAUUGUGGUGCGUCGCAGAGGUCCGUCGUUGGAAUCAAGAAGCUAGUACUGUGACGAAAAAGGAACGAAAGAAUCAAAUAUUUGCCUCCGAUGUGGCUGGAAAAGAUAGAACAGGAGAUAAAGUGGUUCAUCAGCGCAAACGACAUCUACUGUAUGACCUACCGGGUCAUGCGGAUGCUGUGUAUGCAUUGGACUGGAGUCCUGAUGGGCAACGUGUUGCUUCCGGUGGAAAAGAUCGGGUUUUGAAAAUCUGGCGCGCGUGAUCGGUCAACUUCAUUUGGUGCCGCUCUGACCACUAUUCUUCUACUCCUCAAUGCGAGGUUACUUGCGCCGUAUUUUUGGCUGAUGGUGAUAUUUCCUGGGCGGUGAUGAGCCAGAUUUUGUACAGUACCGUGC